AUGAACUCUAUGAAUUCACGCUUCAAAGGCCUUGGCUUUGGUUUACGCAGAUCCAACAGCAGCAUCAAAGGUCCCGACGGCCAAAACCAACCGUCCAACCAAACCCCGCCUUUAGGCCAAGUCCCUCACCAGCCGCCGACCCCAGGACAGUCGCCCUCUCUCGGCGCCUCCUCCUCGACGACGAGUCUCCCCAUGAACCAUCCUGGUAUUGGGAACCACCCACCGAGCUACGCGAACAAUCUCCAACACGGCCCUGUAGGCCGCAACAGUCCUCUGAAUCAAGGUCCCGUCCGCACACCACCGAGCCAAAUGGCUGGAGGACCCCCUCCUAUCAACACCGGAGCCCCCGUUGGCUACCCACCGGGCAUUCAGCACCCAGGUAUGGGCCAUGGCCCCCCGAUGGGCGGCCCUCCACCAGGAUUCGGUGCUCAGACUGGAUAUCCCCCUCCAGGCGGACCGCCAGGCGGUGGAGUUGCACAGCAGUUCCAGCGGGGCAACCCAGCUGCUGAGGUCGAGGGUGCCAGCAAGAGCAAAGCUCAGCUGAUUGUCGGAAUUGAUUUUGGUACUACUUUCUCUGGUGUUGCUUUCGCCUUCGCUACAAACAACGAGGCCAAGGAGGACAUCAUUACCGAAUGGCCAGGUGCUGGUUCUUACGCAAAGCAGAAGAUUCCCACUGUUUUGUACUAUGAUCAAUACCAGAAGGUGGUGGGCUGGGGACCUGAUAUUGCCGAUGCCCUCGCCCCUACCGGAUACCCCAAGCCUGGUGUGCAGAAGGUUGAGUGGUUCAAGCUGCAGCUUAUGCUUAGCGGCAACACAUAUAUCGAUCCCAUCAACCUCCCUCCCCUGCCACCCGGUAAGUCAGAGAUUGACGUUGCCGCCGAUUACCUCUUUAAGCUCCGCCAGGCUAUGAGGGCAGCUCUUCAGAAGACCCUUGGUGAGGUGUUUAACCGAGAGGAGAGAAAUAUUCGGUACUACUUGACGGUGCCGGCCAUCUGGAAUGAUGCUGGAAAGGCUGCUACGCGUGCUGCCGCCAUUCAAGCUGGGUUCCUCCGAGAUGAGAACGACAACCGUCUUACCCUGAUUUCCGAGCCCGAAGCGGCCGCUAUGUUCUGCUCGAAGACCGGUCUGCUCAACCUCAAGGUGCACGAUGCCGUCCUGAUCGUGGAUUGCGGUGGCGGUACUGUCGAUUUGAUCGCAUAUGAGGUUGAAGAUGAGAACCCAUUUACAGUUGCUGAGUGUACCGCUGGAUCUGGUGAUUCUUGCGGUUCAACUGCCCUCAACCGAAACUUCAGUAAUAUCCUCCGAACUAAGAUCCGCAAGAUGAAGCUGCCCGACGGUUCCAAGACCGCCGGCCGUGUCUACGCUAAGUGUAUCAUGGACUUCGAGAACAGAAUUAAGGCCGAUUUCCGAAACAACGGCCAGAAGUGGGCUGUUGACGUUGGUAUCGAGGCAGAGUUCCCCGAGGCUGGUAUCGAGGAAGGUUACAUGACCUUCACCAACGAAGAAAUCUUGCAAUGUUUCGAGCCUGUCGUAAACCGAAUUUUGGAAUUGGUGCGAAACCAGAUUAUUGCCAUCCAGGCCCAGAACCGCACACUGCAAAACAUCCUUGUUGUCGGUGGUUUCGGUGCUUCCGAGUACUUGUUCCAACAGAUCAAGCUUCACGUUCCUCCCCAGUUCCAGGCUCGUGCCGUGCGACCUAUGGACUCCGUCGCCGCUAUCGUCAAGGGCGCCGUCACUGCCGGUAUCUCAGAGAGAAUCGUCACUCACCGUGUGGCUCGUCGACACUAUCUCAUGGCAACUCUUCAGCCUUUCAAGGAGGGUUACCACCCUGAAGCUUACCGUGUGCCUUCCCUUGAUGGCAAGGAUCGCUGCAAGUUUACUCGCCAGAUCUUCGUCCAGAAGGGCCAGAGGGUCAAGAACGGUGAGCCUGUCAAGGUAUCAUUCUUCAGGCAGGUGGCUCCCGGUGCUACUCUCAUGUACGAGGAUGUGCUCUAUGCAUGCGACGACGAUGUAUGCCCGGAAUAUACCAAGGAUCCCCGUAUUAAGGAAGUUGUCACCCUCACCUCGGACCUUUCGCGUAAGAACCUAGAGAAGGAUUUCGAGCGCAUGGAUACCCCACAAGGAACCUUCUACCGCGUCUAUUUCGAUAUUUACCUUACUCUCGACGGAUCAGAAUUCAGUGCCGAGCUUGUCUGCCAAGGCGAGGUUAUGGGCCGCUGCCGUGCUCGCUUCAGGUAA